AUACCAAACAACAAAUCCAAUCGGCAUUAAAAUUCAAUUAAAUCUCUUUUUCUGCCAUCCACAGUGAAAUUAAUCGAAUCUAUCGAACGUCAGAUAAACACUUCCAUGCACCAAUCAAUCAAAAAUCUCCAAUAAAAUUAUCAUCAUCAUCGUCGUCAUCGUCUCAAUGCGUUACUAUUUUUGCUACUGAGAGAUGUCUGUGCCAAGCUUUUGUCGUUAUUUUUAUUACUUUUCCACGCCGCCACACAUACUGCUGAUCCUCUUAUGUUGCUACGUUCUGACAAUUGCGUCGGCGAUUCCGGUGACUUCCUCCUCUAAUCAAUUCAGAAAUCAAUUAAGGGCAUCGCCGAAUUCAGCGGUUGGAUCUUACAGCAAAUUUGAUGACUUUGCGGAUGGAUUUGCUGACGAGAAUUUCAUGGAAAAUGUCGUUAAAGAUAUUGGUAUCAACUCAUACCGCGGCGCCGAAAGUGAGGACAUCAAUCCCCCCAUGCCGCUGACGUCAAACACUGAUGCGAACCUGAACGCCGUAAUGAAUAGGAUAAUUGAAUCCAUGACUGAAGACGAUUUGAGCCAAAUGGACAAAAAUAGCUUUGAGAUAUUGCGAAAGCAAAUAGAAAAGGUGAAAGACGAGGAGGAUAUUCAGCUAAAGUCGGAAUUGUUGCAACAAAUUUUGCUGAACUACCCGGAAGGUCCUCUCCCGAUUUUGUAUGUGGAAGAAUCGAAACCGAUGACGGGACAAAAUGGAGUUGAUAAACGUUCAGGGCGGUAUUAUCGACGAUAUCCAUGGAAAAGGCAACAAAAGGGAAAGGGAUCGUACGAUCCUGAUGCACGUUACAUGUGCACACCGACACGCGAUGAAAUUUUCCGCCUACUCGUUGGCUUGCACGAAACACACAAAGGAAACGAACGCAAGCUCGUUAAUUUCUGCAAUAGACGACGUCCAGCUAAAACUGUCUUCACAAAUAUUCGCUUUUUAGGUUAAAAUUUUUUGCUUUUUUUGAUGAAACAGUGGAUCAACAAUCAUAAAACAUAAAAAUUAAAUUAAUAAAUCGCAUUUAAUUAAACAUCUAUGUGUCUCUUUAUGCUGUAAAAAAAUAU